AUGAUUCGCUUCGUCUUAAUGGUUAAUAAACAAGGCCAAACGCGUUUGUCGCAGUACUACGAGUUUCUGGAGGUCUCGGAGCGCGCGGCGCUCGAAGGCGAGCUGAUUCGCAAGUGCCUUUCCCGCUCGGAGAGCCAGUGCUCCUUCAUCCAGUACCGACAGUACAAAGUCGUUUACAGGCGGUACGCGAGUUUGUACUUCAUCGUGGGUCUUCUCGACGAACCCGAAGUCAACGAACUCGCCAUUUUGGAAUUAAUUCAUUGUCUCGUCGAAACUCUCGACAGGUUCUUCGAAAACGUCUGCGAACUCGACAUCAUGUUCCACAUCGAGAAGGCGCACUUCAUCAUCAGCGAAAUGAUCACCGACGGCUGCAUCGUCGAGACCAACAAAAACAACAUCAUGGCGCCCAUACACAUGCUUGAAAAGGCCCCCUAG